GGCGGUGACCGUUCUUCACACUCUCGAGUGUCAUGGCGGCGGUCAGCAGAGCAGGACCUUGGAGCCCGGGUGGGAAUUCUUGGUCAAAAUGGCAAGUUGCCGUUGUCGUUGGGGCUCCUCUGGCAGUAGCUGGUGUCAGCUACUGGUAUUACCGAAAAUCUGGAAAAAUUCGCAACCGCAACUCUUCCGGCACCUCAACGAACGGCAACCCAACCUCAAAGACCCCCUCUAUGGAAGGUCCGGAUAACACCGCUGAAUCUAUAGAAGCAAUGAUUGCGAACGAAAAGGAUUCCUUCAAGAGGGCCCAAAUUUAUAAGAAUGAAGGCAACAAGUUAUUUAAAGCUGGAAAAUAUGAUGAUGCCAUCUUAAUGUACACCAAGGCUAUAGAAGCUUGUCCAAGUACUGAAAAAUCGGAUAUAUUUUAUCAAAACCGUGCUGCAGCUUAUGAGCAACUGCGUAAAUAUUCCAAAGUGAUAGAAGAUUGCUCUGUGGCUCUAGAGCUUAACCCCAGAUAUGUCAAAGCUCUUCAACGGAGGGCCAAAGCUUUGGAACAAACAGAAGAGUUGGAGCAAUGCCUGGAAGAUGUCACAGCAGUGUGUAUUAUAGAGGCAUUCCAAAACCAAUCUUCCAUUGUCCAGGCUGACCGUGUUCUCAAGGCUCUAGGUCGAAAGCAUGCCAAAGAAGCCAUUAAACAUCGAAAGCCUCAAAUGCCAUCAAAAUAUUUUAUUCGAACGUUCCUGUCAGCAUUUAGUGAAGAUCCUCUCCAAAAAAUGAUUAAGUCUGAGUACCCCCCUGAGAGACUCAAAUCAGAAGACCUUGCAUCUAAAAAGGGUUUUGAGAAGGCAAAGCAUGCUUUUGCAAUUGGAGACUAUGACCAAAUUGUGGCAGCCUGCUCAGAGGAGAUUGAUUCAGUUGAAGCAGAUGGUGGAAGUACUAUGGCUGCACUCUUGUUGAGAGGCACUUUUUAUCUUUGGCUUGGGGAAAUGAAGAAUGCUGCAGCUGACUUGGAAGCUGUAAUUGAAAAUGAAAUGGCGGAUAAAAAGCUGCGUGUCAAUGCUUUAAUCAAAAGAGCCUCAUUGCAUGUGCAAAUGGAUGUGCCAAACCGCUCCUUUGAGGACUUCGAGAAAGCUGCUAAUCUUGAUCCUGAAAACUCUGAUGUAUACCACCAUAGGGGUCAGAUGAACCUUCUGCUUGAAAAGGCUGAGGAGGCAAAGAGCGACUUUGCUCGAGCAGUGGAGCUGAAUCCUACCUUCCCCAUUGCAUAUGUGCAAAAGUGUUACAUUGAUUACCGCUUCAGUUCAAUGACGAAUGGGCCUUCAGCAUUUAAAAGUGCGCAAAAGUGUUUUGAGGAAGCAAUCCAAAAGUUCCCAGAUUGUCAGGAGUGUUACAUGCUUUAUGCUCAGGUUUUGACUGACAAAGGAAACUUUGAAGAUGCUGACAAAUAUUUUGAAAAAGCAAUGAAGCUUGAUCCUUCUAAUGCCACAUUAGUUGUGCACAGAGGUCUCCUGCAAUUGCAGUGGAAGAAUGAUGUUGAUAAAGCACUUAAAUUUAUUGAGGAUGCUAUUAAUAUUGACAGUAAGUGUGAAUUCGCAUAUGAAACUCUAGGCACCAUUGAAGUUCAGAGAGGCAACUUAAAACGAGCUGUUGAGCUGUUUGAUAAAGCCAUUCCACUAUCCAAGACAGAAUUUGAAAUGUCUCAUCUGUAUGCAUUGCGUGAUGCGGCUGUGGCACAGGAGAAGGUGGCAACGAAGCUAGGCCUUAGUACUGGACUUUAACUAUAUGAGAUGAAGAUGAAGAAAAAGAAAUAGUUCUGUGAGGAAUGUAUCUUUUAAAUUUUUUCUUGAAAGGCCUUGAUUGGUUAAGUAAUGGCUGUGUAAGGUGUACAUUUUUCUCUGUACUUAACACUUUAAAACAAAGUAGAUAUUGUUUUGAAUGAAUCCUGAUUUGUAUAGAAUGUCAGAAUUUUCUACUUCUUCCAAGUUCUGCUCUGAGUGGUUCUAGGUAGGAUCACCCUUCCUCAUACAAAUUUGUUAACAGUACAUUUUCAAUAAUUAACUUGAAUGUCAUUAACUAUGUAGAACUUGUCAGUUCUGGAUAUUUUUUUUAGUCAUUUAUCAUUCAUAUGCAUUUAUUGUUAGUACUAUUUUUUUGUAGCUUUGUUGCAUUUUUAUAUUAAUAAAAUGAUGUAGGAAAAGUGUUUUAGGCUUUGGCUCUAUUAUUCUUUACCAAUGUACCCUGUUCAUGUAUGAAAGAAGGUUAAUUCAGAUUGUGUUCAUUUUUGAGAGUUGUGAAAUGAUGUAUUAUUGUCCUGUUAGCACUGUUAUAUUUUACAAUGUGAUUUAAAGAGAAAGUUAAACUUAGAAAAGCUGUUACACAUUCUUGUAAAAGGAAAUAAAAAAGAACUGUUAGACAGGUGA